AAAAAACAAAAAAUCAAAACUCAAAAAAGGAUUGAAGUUGCGUUCCCAUUUCCCACCUCUAAUAAAUCUCCAAAGCCUAGACUCGGUUCACCUCUUUCAGCUCACUCUUGAAUCAAUCAAUAACUCAGCCAUGGAUCCAUCUUCUUCUCCUCCUCCUACGAUACCAUCAUCACCCAAACCUGAAGAAACUCAGUUAAUCACCAACGGCGAAGACCAUCCACACUUAUCUCUAGGCAUACUCAAUAUCGCCGCCUCUUCGCCAAGGAAAAGAACAAAAACUCCAUUAAAACCUCCAUACUCAAUAAAAACCCCUUCUUCCGAAUCAUCAAAUCCACUUCAAGAGAUCAUCCUUCUAUCUCCAUCUCCGCGUCGAAAAUCUCAAGCUAAGCUUAUUGAAAGAAUGGAAACUGUAGAAGAACCUAUUGAUUUGAUUGGACCUAGAAAACGAUGCAAAAAUAAAGCUUCUCCUGUGGCUAAUCAACAAAAUUGUGCAUCUCCUAGGGUUAGACGAUCAAGAAGACGAUUGGAUCAAGAGAAUCGAGAUGAUAAAGAAGUUGGUGUUCUGGUUCUAGAUGAGAUCGUUAAACCAAGAAAAAGAAAACCUAAUACUAGACCUCGUAAAGAAAAAGCUAGUGCCGCAGUACCUUCCAACAGUUUAUCGUCAUCCCCAAGAACUGUGAGUGAUGGUCAGAGUAGCUUAGAUAAUAUCAAACAAUUGAUAAAUGAUUUGGUUAUGUGGAGAGAUGUGGCAAAAUCAAGUCUAUGGUUUGGAUUUGGAUCUCUUUGUUUCUUAUCUUCUUGUACUUCACAAGGAUUAAGAUAUAGUGUUUUCUCUGGAAUUUCUCAUUUGGGUCUGCUGUUUUUAGCCUUCUCAUUCUUGUGUAACUCAUGCUCCCCAAGGUAUAGCAAUGAACAAAGACUUAAUCUUGAAUUGAAAGAAGAUGACAUAGUAAGGAUUGCUAGAAAAGUACUUCCAGUUGCAAAUUUUGUCAUUGUUAAGACAAGAGAACUUUUCUCGGGCGAGCCUUCGAUGACUCUCAAAGUUGCACCUAUUCUCCUCUUUGGAGCAGAAUAUGGUCAUCUGAUAACCCUUUGGAGGCUUUGUGCAAUUGGAUUUUUUAUCAGCUUCACUGCACCCAAACUAUAUGCUUCCUACUCUAUGCAGAUAGAAGGAAAAGCUGAGUACUUGGGUGGAUGGAUUUUGGGAGCAUGGAAAGCUUGUUCUCUCAAGAAGAUAGUUGCAGUCUCAGCAGCUCUAGCGUUCUGGAACUUGUCUAGCAUCAAAACAAGGGUUUUUUCAGCAUUUCUUGGCAUGGUAAUACUCCGAUAUCGUCGACAACACUCAGAAUCAAAGAUAAACGGAGAAGAAGGAAACGGACAGCAAGAGGAAAUGAUGCAAGUCGAAGAAGAGGAAAUGAUGCAGGUCGAAGAAGAGGAAAAGGAAGAGGAAGAAAAGCAGGGUAAAGCUUUGAUGGUCAUAGAAAAGGAAGGUACAAAGAUAUAAGCAACAAUUUCGCAGUUGCACAGACUGGUUUAAAUCCUGUACUAAACACUAGGAUGUAUAAGCAGCAAUGUCGCAGUUGCACAGACUGGUUUAAGAAGUAUAAAAGCUGUCCAGCAAUCAGAAUACUAAGCUUGUAUUCUGGAACAAAAAUAAUACUGACUGAUGCUUUAUUUCAGUUUCAUGUUUCCAAACCUAAUACAAAUAUAUUAUGUGAAAUAGCUUUUUCAUCCCAAAUUAAUCCUUGGUCAACAUUUGGUCACUCCUUCACCUUUGGGGACGGGACCUAAUAAUAAUUUAACUGUUAAUGUCCCAUCUAGAAGAACAACAUGAGAGACAUAUUAGCAGCUUGCUCCUACUAUGACUUACAUCCACAUAUUGCACCAAGGAAUUUGGAUGAAAAUGAAGCUUUGGCAUGUAUUGUGAUAUU